AUGGAUGCGCCCCGGCAGUCUACAGAGUCUAGGAUGGCGCCCGUCCGUGCCUCUUCGCCAUCGCCUUCAAUCCCAGCAACACCAGCAAUCUCCUCAUAUUCCUCCCCAGACCGAACAUUUUCAUCCGAGUCUUCCCGUUCCGCCUCCUCCGCCACCUCCGCAGACGCCAGGUCGUCCGUAUCGAUUUCAACUCGCCGCCAUGGGUACACACGUGCAUUGGGUGCCGAAUUCGCCGAGUCGGCCCGCCACCGCGACAGCGUCAUGAGUCUCGGUAGCAUCGCCCACCUCCAAUAUUAUUUCGCCCGGACGGGUCUGCUGGACGGGAAGAGCGGGAGGGGCCGCGAGUGGGACAAAGACAAGAAGGACAAAGAUAGCGUGCCGCGAGUCUUGAUCACUCCGAAUCAGCGGCACAUGGAUGAUGAUCUGGUCGCUAGCCCCUCAGAUAUGGCGGAGCCGGAUGAUGUGGAGGAAGAGGAUGGCGAGGUGAUGCUGCCGCCCACAGUCAGCACUUACAGUAUCAAAACACACCACAUUCCGCCUCCGCCAGAUCUACUCACCUUGCGUCGACGGCUGAUGCUGGCGCUGGAUAAAGCGGAGACCAAUAUCGAAGCAAUUGAAAAUGGCGCGGAGCCUCCUCCCCGCCCCAGCAGGCAGAGUCUUUCUCCGGGUGAUAUGCCCGAGACAAACUACGAUGACCGAUCGCAGGCCCCAACCCCAAUGAAUAAGGAGGAGGCGCAGGGCAUGUGCAUUCUAGACGAUGUGACCAAUGCCAUCCGCGCAGCCAAGAUCUAUUACACCACCCACGAAAACCCAGAACGCUUAUCAUCAAUAAAAAGCGAACGCGAGAUUCGCAAAGAGCUGUUCGAUGUCCUUGAAGUUCUGAAACGGUGGGCUGCACGGCAUUUCGCCAGCGGUCUGCGCGAGGAGGAACGCGAGCGGAUUCAGGGGUGGAUUGCGGGUGUGCGCACCAUGUUGGUCCGCGAGAAAGCCCUAGAAGAUCUUGAAGCUCAAGAGCGGGAGAAUUGGGAUUGGGCGGCUGGCGACUGGAGAGGCCGCGAGCGUUCUCGCGAGGAAUCCUUCCUUCGCAGCCUGAUGCCUGGAGGAGACUCCUUGCCGACCUGGACACCAGUCGAGGAAACUCCUGAUGAUACGCUCCCCACUGCCUUCCUUGAGCGGUUCCGCGAUGGUCGUGCUUUGGUCCAGUUACACAACCUUGCUAUCAAGAAGUCGAAACGCCAAUUUGGGGAGAUUACCUCCUACCACUCGGAUGUCGCCAAGCCCUACCGACAGACUGAGAAUCUCCAGUUCUGGGUGAAAGCUGCAGAGCUCCGUUGGGAGCUCCGGCUGGAUGUUGAUGUGAUAGGAGUGGUACAGAACAGCGGCGCUGCUGCUUGGAAGCGAUUCGAUACUGCAUUGUUGGCUUGGUGUAAGACUGUUCGCGAAGAGCUGGUGCGUGACUGGCAGGCAGCUAACCCUGGCCGACCGCCCAGCGCUGGAUUGAUUUGA